AUGGCGCGUCAAUUUGUCAUUUUUGCCACCCUUGUUGUGGUCUUGGCAAUGGAAAUAGCUUCCGUGGCCUCUGCAGGGAAGAAAGAAUCUCGCAAGAUUGCUGGAACAGUUGUGGAUCUCACCGGUGGUGGUGCAAAUGCACCAUCCCCAGGCCCAUCCCCAGGCCCAUCUAGUGCAGGCGCGCCAUCUCCAGGCCCCUCGGGUGCUUCUGCACCAUCCCCAGGCCCCGUGGGUGCAGAGGCGCCAUCCACAGGCCCCUCAGGUGCUUCUGCACCAUCCCCAGGCCCAUCAGGUGGAUCAGACCAACCAUCCAUCCAAGAAAUGUCUGAUUCCACCGGCUCAUGGCCAGAGCCAGAGGCUCUAGGCCCCUCAUCAAGUGCAGAUGCACCAUCUCCAGACGGUGCAGACCUUGCUUCAGACCAGCUUUAA